CUUUAUAAGAGAAGCCCUUUGAUUUCAUUCCCAAGCAUACUCGUACUCAACCGUUUGUGCCUCAACAAGACUCGCUCCUACUCACCGCUCAACCAAGGCAGUCAUGGAGUCCGGUCUUAGGAACCUCCACUUUGUUCUCAUCCCGUGGCUGGGCAUGAGCCACACGAUUCCCAUGAUCGACAUCGGCCGCCUGCUCGCCGAGCGUGGCGUGACCGUCACCGUCGUGAUGACGCGGGACGGUGCCGCUCGACUGAGCCCGACCAUCGCCCAAAUCGCCAGCUCGGGUCUUCCCAUCCGCUUCGCCACCCUCCCCUUACCCUCGGUGGAGGUGGGCCUCCCGGAGGGCUGCGAGACCGGCGACAGCCUACCCUCCAUGGACUUGAUGCCCAACCUCUACCGCGGAUCCAAGUUUCUGCGGCAGCCCCUGGAGGAGCUGCUUCGAGAGCAGACGAUCGCCCCGAGCUGCAUCAUCUGUGGCGCGUGCUACCCGUGGACUCCGGAGGUUGCUCGCGAGCUCGGCAUUCCAUGCUUCAUCUUCCAAGGCUUUGGCUCCUUCGCACUUCUUUGCAUGCACAACCUCUACUGUUACAGGACCCAUGAGCGCGCGUCGUCCCCGACCGAGCCCUUCGUGCUCCCAGGCUUGCCAUUUCAUUUCGAGAUCGCCAGGCAGCAACUACCACUUCAAUUCCAGUUGCUGCCUCGUUUCACGGAGAUGUGCAAUGAAGUACGAGAGGGCGAACUCGCCAUGGACGGUGUCCUCGUCAACAGUGUCGACGAAUUGGAGCCAGGAUAUGCCGAGCGCUUAGCGGCGGCCUCCGGGAAGAAGGUGUGCACCAUCGGACCGGUGUCGCUGUGUUAUAGAUCAGGGAGGUUGGACAUGGCUAAUAGGGGUAAGAAGCUGUCAGUGGAUGCAAGCCGAUGCUUAGAUUGGCUUGAUUCGAUGAAGCCACGGUCCGUGAUCUACGUCAGUUUCGGUAGCGUCGGCAGCUUCGCACCCGCACAACUGAUGGAGCUCGGCUACGGUCUGCUCGCCUCAAACAGGCCAUUCAUCUGGGUCAUCAAUGGCCUGGAAAGGUUUCCGGGCGCAGUAGACCAAUGGCUGCAAGAGAAGCUCGAGAAAGAAGGUGACUCAAAGUGUCUCUUGAUCAGGGGGUGGGCGCCGCAGGUGAUGAUCCUGUCGCACCCGGCGGUGGGUGGUUUCUUGACGCACUGCGGGUGGAACUCGACGCUGGAGAGCGCGAGUGCGGGCGUACCGAUGGCGACAUGGCCGCUCUUCUCGGAGCAAUUCCUCAACGAGAAGUUGAUCGUGGAUGUGCUCGGGAUCGGAGUCGCGGUGGGCGUCAAGACCUCCAUGCAGCAGAUGAGGCAAUCGCCGGAAGAGGGAGCGCGGAUCUCGAGGGAGGAAGUCGCUAAGGCCGUGGAGAGGUUGAUGGACGGAGGGCAGGAGGGAGAAGAGAGGAGAAGGAGAGCUGAAGAAUUUGGAGAGAAGGCACGGAAAGCGAUGAUGGAGGGAGGUUCUUCGUAUGAGAACGUGACACGAUUGAUUGAAUUGGUGGCAACAAAAGCGAAGGAAUAGGAGAUGAAUGUAUGACUUGUUUUCGGCCAGUAAAAAUGUAGCACACGCCAUGCGUCAGAAAUUGUUUGGCGAAAUAAAUGAUAUCAUCACUUGGCUUCUUCAUAUUAGGUGAAAUUGGACGAAUACCUUUACAUCUUCAUAGUUCCCUGACAAUGAUCAAUCUGUCAAAGUACACAUGAAUCAAUAGAUCAUCUUUUUGAUCUUUUA